GUCUUUCCUUCCGCCUGUUUAGUGCUACUGUUUUUGUCUGCAGGUGUUCGGUUGGGGUCGUCAGCUGCCUCUCUGCCCGCUGUUCAGGCUCCUCUCUACCAACUCCAACCUGCUUCUUUCUUUUUUUCUCCGCCACAUAUUGGUGUUGUUUCCACUCCAAAUUUUAUCUUGGUCGCACCUGAUUUUCCCACUGCUCUCUUCUUCGUUCGUCUUUCCUUUCGCUUGUUUUUGCUACUGCUGUGUUGCUUUCUGCCCGCUUCUUUUUCCCUUUUCGUCCACACCCUCAGGCUGUUUCCCUUGGCCUUUACGCUUUCCUUUCCUUGCAUUUGUUUCCUUCCACGUGCAACAGAUGGACAUACUGUCAGAGACUCAGAGUUGGUGAGACUUCCGUUGGGUUCAAUGCUUCACAGAACCGUCCUUUCCCCUUUCUCAAUCUCUCGCCCAUCCUCUGCUUCUUUAUUUAGAAAGCCCUCAUCCUCUCUUCCUCUUCUUCAUAUUUUCUCCGAAAUGGAUUGAGGACAAUGGAUUGAAAGUCCAUGAGAAGGAGAAAAAGAAUCAACUUUCCAGGUAUUUUGUGUUAAGCUGAUCGCUGGUAGUGAUAGGAGGGAAGCUGCUUGGAUUAUUCUCACCAGCUUUAACGCUACUUAAGUUUGUUCUAUGUUUAGCCUUUUUCUCCUUAAUUUGUUUGUUUCCCAGUGCGCGGUGAAUACGAGAGGUUUGCUGCAAUGGAACAAACUAUUGUUUAGCUGGUACGAGAGGCGGAUCUGUUCAGCCACCACAAUUCUAGAUGUGCAAGGCCUGGGAGUUAAAAAAUUUUCAAGGACAACUGCUAAUUUUUUGGCAUCCAUGACAAAAAUUAACAAAAAUUACUAUCCUGAGGUAUUAAGUAGCUCCUGUCAAAUUCAGUUUAUGGAAAUAAAUAAUUACUCUGUUAGAUACAAUUAUUGGUGAAUGUGGCUUUGGUUUUUCCCUGUAAUUGUUGCAGACACUCCAUCGGAUGUUCAUUGUUAAUGCUGGCCCUGGUUUUAAGAAGGUGCUCUGGCCUGCUGCACAGAAGUUUCUUGAUGCUAAAACUAUUGCAAAAAUUUAGGUUCUGGAGCCUAAGUCUUUGGGAAAACUACUUGAAGCCAUUGACUCAAGUUGAAGGAGGAUGCCUCUCAUCUAAUAUGAGUCCUUGGAAUGAUCCUGAUAUAAGGAAGCUUGUAUAUAAUGUGGAAACAAAGUUUGUGAGGCAGAUUACUAGAGUAUCUGGCGAUGACCAGAAAGUUGACUUGUAUAUACAGACAUUCCCUUUGAAGUUUUUUCUUUGCUUCGGAGGCAUUACUUGCUCUGCUCUAUUUUCUCCUGUAUGAACAGGACUGGAUUCACUGCUCGAUUGAUGCCUUGAGUUGUUACUGAAUCUGUCUGUAUUUCACUUUUGUAUUUCAAAGACUAGAACAAUGGCUUCAUGGAGCCCUGAGCCAUCAUGGUUAUCUUACUAUAAUUUUCAUGUAUAAUUUUCAUUAAUAUGCCUGUAUAAUAUAGUUCCAUUUUAUAGUUCCAUUUGAUUGUACUCCAUUUCAC